GCGUCGCAGCCGCCGCCUCCCGGCUCAGUGCUGCACCCGCGCGAAGAGGAAGUGGCCCGCACGCAGCUGAUGCUGCACGGCUUGCUGCCACCGCCGCCGCCUCCUCCUCCUCCGCCGCCGCCGCCGCCGCCGCCGCCGCCGCCGCCGGGAGCCGGGCUGGGCCCCUGGUGCGCCGCGCCCCGACCCCGCCGCUCAGCGACUCCUCCGCGUCCGAGGGCGACUCCAGCGACGAGGAGUUCGAGCAGCAGCUCUUCCUCCUCACCCUCGCCGCCAUGAUUUAAUAAAGCAUCAACCUGUUAAGUCAUACUCUGAAGCUUCUGUCAUGUGUGAGAAAUGUGUACUCAAAAUGGUACUUGAAAUAUGUGUUCUAUGUCUAUAUAAUGUACUUAAAACGUACAAUUCAGAAAAUUUCAGUGAUUUUGUUUCUUUGCAUCUGUAUUUCAGAUGCUUUAAAUCAUUUUCCAUUAGAUAUUUUGACAUUGAGAAUCUCAUAAAUAUUUUUAAAUUUACAAUGAAUGCAAUCAUUAUUUUUUCUUUUUUUCAUUUUGAAUCAGUUCAUUAUUAAUGAAACAGAUUUUUUUAACUCAGAGAUCUCUUCUUUCAAUUUAUCACCACUUUGUGAAAACAAGGAAUUCCAAUUUAGUAUUAAAAACAGAUAUGUGCAUGAAUUCUGAAUGUAAUUGUGAAGUCCAGCAAAUUUUAAUCUUUGUUAAUAAUUUAUUAGCUAUGUUACUGGUGCUGGAUUUCCCGAGUAACAAAUAAGCAUUUGCUUUAGGUGGAGCUUUAGGAAAAGAUACCCAUGAGCCUUUUUAACAUUAUUUUUUAUGUUUAGUUUAAUUUUCCUAUUAAAAAUACAUUCCUUUUUAAAAGUACACAAAUUACAUUUAAGCCUUUUAAUGAAAUAAAAAUGUAUUUGAUAAAAUAGUAUAUUAUAUAUUUCUACUCAGAAUACCUUGUUUACAUUUGAUCUCAUUUGAGGAUACACAGGGCAUUGGGAAAAGUUGCGCAAAUCAUACCUCAAAAAGUGAAAUAUGUAUGUAUAAUGAAAUAUGAAUGUGUAGUGUAAUGUAGGAAUAGGUUCUUAUCUAUGGUACUUUUCAGAAAACUUUCCUCUAUUAUAAUUUUACUGUAGCUAAUGUUUCACUUAUUUACUAAAGAAAUGUAGUGAGAAGUUUUCUAGUUUGUUUUUUUAAUUUAUAUUUUCCUCUCAAUAAAUGGAAAGACUUUUUCAACAGAUUAUCAUAAUUGGUUUCAAAAAGAAUUUUCUUCAUUCGAUUUAAAAUUUUAAAAUGUUUUAUUGCUUAGUGUAACUAAAUAAGUAUAUAUGUAUGUAUGUAUGUAUGUAUGUAUUUAUGUAUGUAUCUGCAUGUAACAGAUUCAUGUUGUAUUAUUUUGUGUAUAGUAGGUAGUUAGGUCUUAUCUGUGCACUUUUUUGAGCCCUCAUUUGUAUAUGUGUGAGAAGAGACGUUUUAAGACAGGACUAUUAUAUAAAAUCUGUAGUUUGUUUUUCAAUGCAAAAUAUUUUCUAUUUCACAGGAGUGAGCAUUUCUGAUUUUCAGAUUUUAUUGACAUAGCUUGUUUUUUCUAACUCAUUUAUUCAAAUUAGUAAAGGAGUGGGGUAGGAAUGCCAGGGCUCAAGAAAACAUGCGGUUAUUACCUUGUAAUGUAUAUUUGGAAUAUCAAUAAAGAUAUUAAACAAU